CCUCGAUAACAAGGCCACCACCGCUACCACUUGUCCACCUCAUCAAUACCAUCACUCGAUCCUACAGCGCAUAGAUCUCAAUAGCCAUUGAACCCUUUCCACAGCCACCCUCGACAUCCGACAUGGCCUCCCAGAGCGCCACCGCAUCCACUUCACAUGCUCGCCGUCAUAGGCAUCAUACGACUGGUGCAAGGGCUUGGAGCCUCGCUAUAGCAGCAAGCCUCAUCUUGGCCACCUCGGCUACCGCCACCCAGGCAGCCAUUCCCAACCACGACUUGACAGGUCAGGGGUCCGUCUCUUCAGCAAUAGCUUCUUGGGUUUCAUCACGCUUGUCGCCCUGGAUCGGUCAAAGCAUCUCUCCCAGACCGCAAGCAGAGGGUACUCUCUCCUUUCAGCUCGACUCUGCCAUCCACCACUCCACACACGAUGAUUACCUCGGCAUGAGCGCAAAGUACAGUUUUGACGACUCUCACCCCAACCAUGUCGUCUCAAUGCAACAUCAGCAGCAUCGAGAGAAGCACACCUACGGCGGCAUCCGCACAAAGAGGCAGCGGGUCAGGAGGCUCAAAGACCCAAAGGCCUAUCUCGCACAGCGCGAGGAGCUACUCGCCAAAUCCCGCAAGGCGGAAGAAGGGAAAGAGUACAACGCUACCUCCUGCGGCGAUGUCAGCUCCUUCAAUGCUCUUACCGCCUCGCUAGACUCCCUGCAUGCGUCGCCCUCGUCUUGGGAGGACGUUGAGCUCCUAGUACCAGACGUUACCUCUCGUCUUACCCUUCUGGCCCUAGCUCGCAUGUCUUCGGCAGCAUACGAAGCGCCACCACAUCCUCCUUCAUGGUCGCCAACAGAUGGAUUCGAAGGCUGGAACGUGUCUCAAAGCUUUGGGUGGGUAGAAAAUGGCAUUCGCGGUCACGUCUUUAGCAACAAGGCCAACAAGGGUCAUGAGGACGGAGGAGAGGAGAUUGUAGUCGUCGCUCUCAAAGGGACUAGCGCAGCGAUCCUCCCUGGCGGAGACGAUACUGCCAAGAGAGAUAAGUUGAAUGACAAUCUCCUCUUCUCUUGCUGCUGCGCAAGAGUCUCGUGGACAUGGUCGCCCGUCUGCCCGUGCCCAAUCUCCUCGUCUCGCUGUUCUCAGCCCUGUCUGGAGCGCUCCCUUCUGCGCCAAUCCGUCUACUACCCUCUCAUCUCCGACCUCUACAACAACGUCUCGUAUGCCUUCCCCAAUGCUCAGAUCUGGGUGACCGGUCACUCCCUCGGUGGAGCUCUGGGAAGUCUCAUCGGAUACACCUUCGGUGUUCCGAGUGUGACAUUCGAGGCGCCUGCUGAGAGGAUGGCGGCCAAGAGGCUUCACCUGCCGCUGCCUCCCGGAAGCGUCAAGAGGGGAGAUGGGAAAGACGGUCUCAAGGAUGAAGUGGCGGCGGAUGGCAAAUGGGACCCGCCAAUCUUGCCCGUCACUCACGUCUUCCACUCGGGAGAUCCCAUUCCAAUGGGCACCUGUACCGGACCCUCCUCGCUCUGUGGCUCAGCAGGCUACGCAAUGGAGUCCACCUGCCAUGCCGGCCAGGUGGUCCUCUACGAUACAAUGGACCUCCUCGGCUGGUCGCAGAAUAUCGCAAAUCACCGCAUCGCCACGCUGACCGAGGAUCUGCUCCUCGAGGACUGGAAUGAGCGGGUAAAGAAGGCGAAAGGAAAGAGCAAGAAGGGAGGAAAGGAGGAGGAGGAGGGAGAGAAAGCAGCGUCGUGGUACUCGCCUCGAUGGUGGCCUUGGGGCAAGGGCGACGAUAAGGGCGAUGAGCAGGACGAGUGGAAGGAUCUGGGUGAGACGCCCAAGGUGGCAAACCAGAACGAUUGCGUCGACUGUGGAGAGUGGCAGUUUGUCGAUGUAGACAAGAGCUAGAGCUCGAGGUAGAGCUGGCGAAGUAGGGGUGCGGUGGUUCCUCUUGCGUCUUGUUUUAUUCCAUACGUUCUCAUUCUUCUCAAGAUCAUAGCUUUGUUGUACGAGUUGUCGGUCAAUUCAUGUCCAUAUUCCUGCCUAUCCAAAGAUCCUGAG